AUGAAGGUAGUUGAAGAGGAACAGCGCAUCCGCGUGAUGGAGGGUCCGUGGACCCCGGAGGGAGUUAUAAAGGAGAUUAUAGAAGAGGGGACGCAGGAAGAUCCCUUCUACUUGAUGGAUUUGGGCGAGGUUGUCGCUCGGUACCACCAAUGGAAGGAAUUACUUCCUCGCGUAGAGCCGUUUUACGCGGUGAAAUGCAACGACGACAAGCUGCUGGUGAGUACGCUGGCGGCUUUGGGCGCCGGCUUCGACUGUGCUUCAAAAGCGGAGAUCGAGCUCAUCACCGGACUUGGAGUGCAGCCAGAGCGCAUAAUAUUCGCGAACCCGGCCAAACUGGCAUCUCAUAUCCGCUACGCCUCUACCGUCGGAGUUGACAUGAUGACCUUCGACUCGGAGACCGAACUCGUGAAGAUCAAGCAGGCCAUGCCUCAUGCCCAGCUGGUGAUACGUAUCCGCUGCGACGCGGCGUCCGCGCAGUGCCCGCUCGGCAUCAAGUUCGGCUGCGACCCGCUCACUGAAGCGCCACGCCUUCUCAAACUUGCCGCCGUCUACGGCCUCAAGGUGGUGGGCGUGUCGUUCCACGUGGGUUCGGGUGCGCGCGAGACCGGCGUGUAUGCUCGCGCCAUCCAGCUGGCGCGCGCGCUGUUCGGCCUGGGCGCGGCGGCCGGACACCACAUGCACCUGCUCGACCUCGGCGGUGGCUUCCCCGGACACGCCGGCUCCUGCAUCCGCGAGGUGGCGCAGGUGAUCAACGCGGCGCUGGACACCCACUUCGCGGGGUGCGCGGUGCGCGUCGUGGCGGAGCCGGGCCGCUACUUCGCCGCCGCCGCCUACACGCUCGCCGCCAUGGUACACGCCAAGCGAGAGAUACCCGCACCGAACGAAGAGGAUGGGGAUGGGUUGCACACAAUGUACUUCAUCAACGACGGCGUGUACGGCUCCUUCAACUGCCUGCUGUAUGAUCAUCAGACGGUUGUGCCCAUACCGCUCCAGUCGGAUGAAGGCGCCCCUCGCAUGUCUUCUGUGUGGGGUCCAACUUGCGACGGACUCGACUGCGUAGUUCCACGUAUCCGUCUUCCGCCUCAGCCGAUAGGAGCUUGGUUCAUUUUCCGAGACAUGGGCGCCUACACACUGCCAGUCGCAUCGCCCUUCAACGGAUUCCCCUUGCCGAAGGUCCGCGCCGUGGUGGACAGACGUCUGUGGUCCGUUCUGAAGGAACUGUGGCCGCUGACGGAAGACCACUUUGCGGUGGGAGAGCGUGUAACUGGGCCUCAAACUCCUCCACCAUCCCCACUGACAGCAGCUCCAGCAGAGUCAUUGCACCGCACUGUAUUCGUGGAAUGUGCAUUGAAGUGA